AUGGCCUGCCAGCGACGUCGUCAGCCAACGCUCAACGCUAUUGCCAACGCCUCUGACCCCGACGAGAGCAAACGCGUGGCUAACGGCCUCGCACAGCGCAAGUUUCGCCGCCAGCGGAGGGAUUACAUCGCCCAUCUCGAGCAAGAGCUGGCUCUCUGCCGCGAGAGUGCUACCGGAGAGCUCGUUCACCGCCGCCAAGAGAUUGCACGGCUCAAUCAGGAAAAGACGGAGCUCCGCGACCUCGAAAAUGUCUUUCACCCUGGCCUGCCGACCUCUCACAGCAGCGACUCUCAUGAUGAUGAACAGCCACAGUCUUCACCUCCUAUUGCCGCCGCCACUGCAGUGACUCCUAUAGGGACUUGGGGACAUCAAUCCCAGGUAGGCCAGACCAUCAUACCCAUCCAAAGUAUCCCGGCGACUGGCUGCCCCCUCGGCUGCACCAGCCGCCACAAUGGAUCUGACAAGUCGCAAAUCAUGGCCAUCAUGCUGCAAUGUCGUGUUGAGGAGGUUGUAGAUCCAUGUAUCCGCCUUUACCAAGGACAGCUACAGGGACAGGCGCAGACACAAUUACUACAGGUUCUCGAGACCACACUUGUUGACGGACUCACUGAAGCCAUCCUGUCGCUUCAGACGUUGGCUUUCACGCUUCUGGGAAUCCGUACCAUGUGUUUGACAGGCGGCAUCACCUGGAUCGUGUGGCAGAUGACCAAAACGUUGUGGGUGCUUCCUCGUCUGACCGAUGCCGGCAUUCUCGCUUGCGUCACCGAGAAUGGCUACAGCUCGGACAUGUUUCGUGACACAAUGCCUGACUGGCUACGACCAAUAGAUAUCCAAAAGACGUUUGAGCACCACCCAGCCAUCGAUUUCAUCCCAUCCCCCCCGCUGCGCGAGGCUCUCGUCAUGCAUCAGGAUAACGUGGCCAUCGAUAAUGUUUCUGUGAACCUCAUCUCACGGGCAAUGCCGACUGGUGCAGACAUAGACCGCCGUAUCGACCCUACAACCACACCUGUUCUCAACAGCCUCCGCGCACAAUUUUAG